GUUUUUUUUGGGGGAAAGAAUGUUGCUUGUACAGAUGGUAGCUAGCAAUUUCCAUUGAUAGAAGUUUGUAUUGCACGUUUAUUGUACAAAAUUACUAUUCGGUGUCCUCUACUAUUGUUCAGUUUCAUUGACACUAGGCAGCUAUUUAAUAACUAAAUUACGUCAUCCUUCGUGGUAGCAACUGUGUCAUCUAGCUAACGUUAGCCAUCUAGCUUCCCAACCGCAGAGUUUAGCACUUUCAAUUUGUGAUUGUAUACUAAUGUUGGCCAAACCUGCCAUUACUGUGUUUAAUUUCGGGAGGUAGUAUUAUGUAGGAACCAUGAACUUUGCUCAAGCAAGGCAUAUAUGCCCAACUGAUUUCGACUGUAACAGACUGCAGAGAGACUAGCUAACAUUAGCUAGUAUCCGCUAGCUAGCUAACAGUGACUGGUUUCCAAGCACUCAAGUCCAUCUUGAAUAGGCACAAAGCAACAACAGAGACAAUGGAUGAGAGCCCAGAAGCUGCUGUGGACAACGAUGACCUUGUUAUUAUAGUGGAAAACGAGGCAGAGAGCUUGCCAGUUGAAGAGGAGAGGGCGAAACAGCUAGGAGGUAGCAUCGGUCUCAUGGACACUUGCCCUGUCUGUAAGUUGAAUUUCCACAAUCGAGAGCCGAAACUUCUGCCAUGCCUCCACUCUUUCUGCAAGAAGUGUCUUCCACCCCCUUCAAGGAACUUAGUCAACACUGAACAACGUCGCGACCCGCAACUUCAAGCGGACAACUCGAAACCACUCAAUGUGAUCCGCUGCCCAGUUUGUCGACAAGAGUGCUGGGAGGUGGAGGUGCUGGAUAACUUCUUUGUGAAGGACUCUGUGGAGGUUCCCAGCAGCACAGUGGAGAAAACCAGUCAGGUGUGUAUGAGUUGUGAUGACAACACCGAGGCCACAGGGUUCUGUGUGGAGUGUGUGGAGUUCCUGUGUGUGACGUGUAUUGAGGCCCACCAGAGGGUCAAGUUCACCAGGGAUCAUACUAUACGGCAGAAGGAAGAGAUGUCCCCAGAGGCUGUGGGUGCGUCCUCACAGAAGCCAGUGUUCUGUGACAUCCACAAGCAGGAGCCCCUCAAACUGUUCUGUGAGACCUGUGACCGUCUCACAUGCAGGGACUGUCAGCUGCUCAAGCACAAAGACCACAAUUACCAGUUCCUUGAAGACGCCUACAGAAACCACAGGCAACACCUGGAAAACAUGACGCAUCAGCUACAGGAGAAGAGGAAAGCCAUAGAAGAAGUGUCCAAUUGCAUCAACAAUGGACUCCAGCAAGUCGAUGAAAACCGCAAGUCUGUCACCAAUGAGAUAAAGAAGUCAAUUUGCAACUUGAUCAUGGAGAUCAACAGAAAGGGAAAAAUCUUGGUCAAUCAACUUGAGACACUGACGAAGGACCAUGAGGUCGGACUAAAGAAACAACAAGAAGAUGUCAGCCACCUGACCAGACAUCUAGAUCACGUCAUCAACUUCACCAAGUGGGCCACAGCCAGUCACAGUGGCACAGCUCUCCUGUACUGCAAGAGACUGAUUCUUUGCCAAAUCCAUUACCUAAUGAGGGCCAACUGUAACGCAUCCAUCGUCCCUCAGAGCUCAGUCCGCUUCCAGUGUCGCUCCGGUUUCUGGGCCUCAAAUGUCGAUCUCGGGUCUUUGGCAGUAGAGAGAAUCCCUGGUCGGCAGCCCAGUUCCAUGCAGCAGGGCUUCCCUCCUGGCCACCCCAGCCAGCCUGGCCCUGGCCCCAGAGGAGAGGGCCCUCCCGGGGCUUUCCCUCCAGGCUCCUCCGCACACCAGCGUGGGAGCACCCUGGCUCAGCUCCAGCUGCAGGUAGAGAAGCUUGCCCAGCACCCCAACAGGGCUGGACAGCCCCCUCCCAACCACUGGUCCUGGUACCAGCAGGGUCUGAAGCUCCCGGGGCCAGGGGGCCCCCCUCCACAGAGGCCCCACCAGGGGGGUUCUCCGUCGCAAGGUCCCCCCAACAUGGUCCAGAUCCAACAGCCGGGCCGGAGUUACGGACCCCCCGGGCCCCAAACCCAUCCCAACCCCAGGAGCCCCACCUCUAUGCUGCAAAACGCAGGAUUCCCUCCUCAGUCUCUGAGGGAUCUCAUCCACAACUCCAGCUUUCCUCCCAAACCAAUGGAUGUGUUACAGGGUACCUCUCGCUACUCUCAUGCACCCCCUCCCAACACAGGACCCAUCAGCACUCAAGCCUCUAUACACCAGCGUAACAUGAUGGAAGCCGCACAACUGAGGAGGAGUGACCCCAGUGGAGCUUCAUCAUCAUUAUCCAUGCCCAACCCCAGAGCUAGUUAUGCUCCGAGCCUAGCUACUGCCUUCCCAGACAGACAUGCACAAGGAAGACAGAAUUCCCCCAUGUCCAAAUCUUCCUCUGAAACCAACAUAGGGUCUGCUUCCUGGAAGCGCACAGAGCCUAAUGCGGUGGCUCCCCCCUCCUCAGCUAAGCGGAGGCGAAGGUCAUCCCCCGGACCAAUCAUCGUCAUCAAGGACGAACCAGAGGACGAUGACGAAGUCAGCUUUGUGCAGUCUAGUGUUGGAGCCUCAGCCAGCCUGCCAGACAGCAGUACAGGCAUCCAGCCCAAGCCCCAGCCCCAGCAGCAAUCUCUCCCAGCACCCAUGGUGGAGCCCCAGCCGGAGCCCCAGCCGGAGCCCCAGCCCCAGCCGGAGCCCCAGCCCCAGCCGGAGCCCCAGCCGGAGCCCCAGCCAGAGACCCAGCCAGAGACCCAGGUAGAGCUAGAGGCAGACCCCCAACCAGACCCAGAAAAGGCCCCAUGUGUCCCUGAAGACGACCCCAAUGAAGACUGGUGCGCUGUGUGUCAGAAUGGGGGAGAACUGCUCUGCUGUGACCGAUGUCCCAAAGUCUUCCAUCUGAACUGUCAUAUACCUACACUUAGAGAGUCUCCCAGUGGUGAGUGGUUCUGUUCGUUCUGUCGUGACCUGACCAGUCCUGAGAUGGAGUAUAACCCAGAUAGCCAGGUAGAAUUGCCAGCCAUGAAGGAGGAGCCAGGAUCAGAGGGAUUCCCUCCAGUUGAUAAAAGGAAAUGUGAGAGACUGUUGCUCUGCAUCUACUGCAACGAGUUCAGUACAGAUUUCCAGGAGCCUGCCUCACCGUCGUCAAUCCCAGAGUAUAAGGAGCUGAUUGAGACUCCAAUGGACCUGUCCAUAGUGAAGAGCAGGCUGGAAUCUAAGGAGAGCCCGCGUUACUGCAGUGCUGAGGAGUUUGUCAAGGAUGUCAGGCUCAUAUUCAGGAACUGUGCAAAGUAUUACCAGGCAGACACUGAGGUGGGAGGUGCAGGACUGAGCCUGGAGGAGUACUUUGAGGAGCAGCUGAAGUUCCUCUACCAAGACAGGAGCUUCCCUGGGGGCAGAGAGGAGGGCAUGAUACCCCCUGUGGAGGACGAGAUGGAAGAAGGGAUGGAAGACGAUGGGAUGGCUCCUAACGAAGGGGAUAUGCCCCCUGUUGAGGACGACCUAACACCUGUUGAAGAAGGGAUGCCUUCUAUGGAGAAAGAAGGAACUGAAGAGGGGAUGGAUCUUGUGGAAGGAGAGAUGGAGGAAGAAGGGAUACCUCCUUUAGAAGAGAGCAUGGAAGAGGAAGAGACUUCUCCAGUGAAAGAAGACUCACUACCUUGUGAUGCUACUGAACCAGUAGAUCCAUCAAUAAGGGGUGCAUCAUCUCCCAACCUUUCCAGCAAGGAGGCUCCCCAACCCCUCUCAGAUACUCCAGACAACCCUCCCUGCGAGGAGGCCCCCCAACCCCUCUCGGAUACCCCAGACAACCCUCCUGACUCCCAGGGCACCAGCACUGCUGACUCCCAGGACACCAGCCCUGCUGCAGGCUUAGCCACAGAAAAUGAGGGGAUGACUGAAGAAGUGAGAGACAAAGCAGAAGAGGAAUGAUUCUUGUUCUUCCACUGUAAAUUGGACGGACGAUAAAGCUUUUUGAAUUAUCUAUAGGAUCUGUUGUCUGAAAAUACAGGGAGACCUCUUUGCUGCAUCAUACACGUUCUGAUAUGAUUUGCAAUAAUAAUAAAUAAAACAGAGAAACCCGGGAUGUAUAACGGGGUACAGAGAUGGACAAUGAAUGCACAAAUGUUUGUCUUGUUACAAAGCAAUGUAGCUACAUGUAUGAACUAAUAAUGCACAGACUGUUCUGUCUGCUGAGAUUGAGAAGUUAGUCAUGGUGUAACUGAUUAACUUUCUACAAUAACAAUCAUAAAACACAAGUAAUGUCCAUUAUUGAUAAGUUGUCUGCAAUUUUCCAUGUUGGCUUUUGUAAAGAUGAAUGCCAUAUAAUACUGUAUAUUUAUAAUAAUGUAAGUUUAUUUAUCCAACUCUAAAGGAAAAAUAGCUGCAAAGACCGAACUACAUGAAAACCAUAGCCCUACAUCAUAUCUUAACUCUGGUCAAUUAUUUUUAACAGACAUUUUUAUGUGUAGUUGUGUUUGUGUUAUAAUUUAGUUAAAUUAUAGGCUACUCUUGUACAGAAUUUUUGUGAAGGAGGUAUUCUGAAAGGUAGACUCGGCGAUAUAACAGAUGCAAAAAGUAAACUGCAUCGAGGGUCAAUUUCAGCGACAACAAAGGGCGUGAGGCUCAACUUCUCUGCUGUUUUGGUGCCCUGGCUACCGUGAAGCCAACUGUGCACAUGAGCAGAUACUGUGUGAGGGCGAAGCCUAGCAUCUACUCAUCUCAAUAUCUGAUGUGCUGCUGGUGGCAAUGUCAUUUCGCAAAGUCUACCUUUAAGACUGUUCACUAGAUUACAGGGAUGCAAAAUGUAAAUAUUUUUUUCAGAAUGAACGUGCAGUGUUCUCGAAUGGUGCUGCUUGCUUUUUGGCAUGUAAAGAGAACCAAACUGUUCCCCUCACUUUUCCUUGUUGCAUGUUUUCUUGUUGCCUGGCUACCCUGACUUGGUCUGCCGAACACUACGCCACACCCACGGACGUUAAUUUCUUCUCCACUAUCAAUCUGGAUCUAAGUACCUCCCCAACCCUUCACCGAAUGCGAACACAUUCGGGGCCGUCUGAUUGGUCCCGAGACCGAUGGGUUGGGCCAGAGCCAGUUAGAAAAUGUGUAAUUGACUUUGAUACUCUGAUUGGUUAGAGAUCAUCCAAUCGAUGAAGACUUUGUUUUGUACAACGCCCCUCAUCCCCACCACAAGACUUCAAUAGAUGCUGUAAAGAGGUCACUGGAAAGCAGACUGGGGGGGAUAGAAGAAGGAUACCAGGUUGGUGCCCAUUCAACAAAUCUGAUCUAACAAAGUGGAUAUUCGUCAAAUCUGUCAUGAUUGAUGUAUUGUAACAGGCCCACUGGUUACUAAAGUCUGAUUUGGCUGUUUUCGCUGCAUAACGUUUAGAAGUAGUCCUUUUUCAGGUUUAGACGUGACUGCUAAAUGCUAACUCCUGUUGGUAUAAGCUGGUAGCAUACAAUAAAACUUUAAUUAAACACUGAGUCUCAAAUAGCCGCUUGUCCGUUUUAAUAGCCGGGUAAUGGCCCACAUUUCAGCAAAUAAAUGUCCCUUUCAAAUAAAUGCAGGGUCUACAUGAAUUGUUAAUAGAGGUUACCAGGAAUUUCCAAAAACAGUCAACUUCCGGAGUACAGACCCCCAGAAAUCAGCCGAUCGCCUUCUAGUGACGAAAGUAAGAACCGCCGGAAAUGCACAGUCAGAGGAGAAUGAUGCUUUUGUAAAUAAAAUGUUUUUAAAAUAUAUUUUUUAACAGGCAUACUAAGACAAAAGUAAAUGAUAACACAGUUGUAGGAAAUGGGAAAAUGUAUUAAAAUGAUGGAAGUGAAUUCUGGAAUUAAACAAAUAUUCAAA